AUGGCUGCCGAUGUUCAGAGUGCGGCUUCACGCCUCCUAUCUGCAGAGCCCACGCGCGACCCCAGCUAUAACGAGUUCUCUUUCACACCUUUCCUGCGCAAAAGCUUCGGCUUCGGCCUCGCCAGUGACGUGCCUGUCUGCAAGGCCUACGGCGAAGGGCACUGCCCAUUGGGACCUGCUUGCCCAGACCGACAUCCCACCCCUUCCCGAGUCACUACAUCUACAACCACCGCCUCCGGGUUGGCACCAUCCACUACACAUGGCUCGCUUGUCUGCAAACACUUCCUCAAGGGCCUCUGUAAGAAGGGGGUGAAGUGCGAGUACCUGCACGAAUACAACCUGCGUCGCAUGCCCGAAUGCCAAUCCUUCAGUCGGUCCGGAUACUGUCCCAAUGGCGAUGACUGCCUAUACCAACACGUUCGUGAAGAGGCACGUUUGCCACCCUGCGAGCAUUACGACCGUGGGUUCUGUGAAUUGGGCCCUCUCUGCGCAAAGCGACAUGUUCGCCGUCAGCUCUGCUUGUUCUACCUCGCCGGCUUCUGCCCCGAAGGCAAGGCCUGCCCGAAUGCGCACCCUCGGUGGACGGAGAACCUCCCACGGCCCUCGAUGCGAGCGGAGAAGACAGAGGAAGAGCUGGAGCAUGAACGGGCGCUGAUCCGAGAAGAGCAGGAGCGGGAGAAAGAGCGCGAGCGCGAGUGGCGGAGCGAACGUGGCCGGGGUGGUGGAUUCAUGCGAGGUCGGUAUCGCGGGCGAGGAAGGGGCUAG